AAGACGUCUUAUUUCGAGGUGUGCUGAAUUAGAGGCACUUCUUGAAUAAGAUUGUGCUGAAACAAAGUAAACGAUCUUCAGGAUUCAACGUAUUGUUUUGUAAUGAUAUUAGAUCCUGAAGGGGAGCGAGACACCAGUAAGAGACCAGUCAGGGAGGAGGGCAGAGGUGUGGAGGGGACACUGAACCAGAAGUUGUAAAAUAACAAAACCACAAGUCACCUGAAGUCACAUGCAUGUCUUCUCUGAUAUGUCUGAAUUCAUGUGUGGCCAUACAAUUUAAAAACACAAAUAUAUCUAAAGGGAAUGAUUUCUCCAAUUAGAAAAUGAAAUGGAAUGUGAAGUACAGAGGCUACCGAAAGUCGAGUGUUUGUUAUUGAUGACUGUAUUUUAUGUUUAUGGUUUGCGUAUGUUCAUUGUGGCAUAAAUUCACAAUUUUGUUUUGUCAUCAUCAUAGGAAAUAAUAUUGCUAAGUGUCAUGUUGCAAUAUCACAAGUCUGAACGUUUCAGCUUAUUCACAAAUGAGUAAUAGGAGGAAGGUGAUUAUUUUAUGUGGGAGUUAAGUGGGUGGUGUAUUAUGGAGUGUGAAAGAAUAUACGUACACAUUUCCCUGUAAUCUAUCUACACAUACAGAAACUGCAGGAGUUCCACUCAGACACAGUUCUGGUAAUUGAAGAUUUGAAAAUAAAAGUUAGAGCAGAGAAGCAUCAAAUUUCCAAGACACUGAUCUGAGAUGAAAGACUGUGGUUUCUGUGGUGACAAGUGGCCUGUUGAUAGCAUCAACCUGGCAUCAAUCAACGUGAGUCUUGUUGACACAUUGACAUCAACAUCUCCUACGCCCUUUUCCAAAAUGUGAAUGUGGGGGAAAUGUAGAGGCUGUUUACUGACAGUCUUUCACAGCGAUAUUCAUGCUUAUUUUAGUGUGUGGUUUACUGUGAUGUAUAUUGUAUGCUGGGCUUCAUGACUCGGACUGCAGUAGUUUCCUGUAUGAAACCAAUGUCACAUGGAGCUGACUGACAUCUCUCUGUUUUGUGGUCCAGCCAUGAAUAGAAUGCAUUUAUUCAAUAUAGUACACAAAUAAAUUAACAACUGGCUGGCUUAUCUUAUAGUACUUACUGUAAACCUGUUCAAUAGUCAUGUGCAACUAAUGCAUUACGUUUUUAGAAAAUACUAUUGAAUAUUUUCUGGAAAUGUAUUGCCCUAUAUGACUAAUCCAUAUUCCAGUCAUACAUGCUUUGUCUUUGUUCUUAUGAAAUUUGCAUUGUAACUCAUUGACUAACAGAUUAGAUGUGAAGAUGGCUGUGUAUGUCAUUAACAAUUAUUCUGCAACUCUGUAAAGUACUUAACCAUUUAAAAAUAUAUAUUUAGUUGAAUAUGACCUAAAACGCAACAUAACUCAUCUAUCCAUAGCAAGAGAAAGAGUUGCAGCUGGCCAGUCAAGGCAGGAAGAAGAAAGUGAGAGAGCAUUGCAUGGUGUUAGUGGAGAAGCUCAUGGAUGAACGAUGGGCUGUUGUAGCUGGGAACUGUAUCUAUGGGACAGCUGUAAAGAGCUGUGAGUCAGUCAGUGCUAUCCCAAAUAGGGGCCUACAUCUUCACUAUGACUCACCACUGGGUCCCGCUUCUCGGAACCAGUAACCACAGAUAGGAACCUGAUUCAAUAUGAAACUCUGGUUGACUUUUGCCUACAGUGCAGCAUACACCACCGAAACAAAAUAGUCUCUGUAUUUGGUGAUUCAGACUGGGAUAUUGUAUUUAACAUAUGUUUUCAUUUUCUACUCUCAUUUGAUGUAAAUGCAAUAAAAAAGAUCAAACUUGUACACUAUCUGUGCAUAACCCUGUGCAAAUUGAACCUGUAUGAAUGAACCUGUAUACUAAACCAAUAUGUUCCCUUUCAGAAUUUGGACUGUUGCCAAAAAUGAUAUUUUUACAAGUUUUGGGGAAUUUCAGCUUCCUAUACUUUUGUUAUGUUAGUAAGUGUUAGUUUGAUCAGUUUAACGUGUCAUAUACACUUCUCAUCCUGACGAGUGCAGUGAAUUUGAGGACAUUUAUUGGUGAGCACUGGGGUUAAUUUCUGCUUGCCUCUACUGUUUCAUUUCUCAUUUGGUAUCCACCGCAUGUUGUGACUUUUCUACUCGUUAGUGUUUGCUUACACAAAGCUUAAACAGAGUUCAUAAUAAUCAAUUCCUGAAAUAUGCCUCUGAAAACAACUCUAUGCUACACCAGUAGCACUACUGAUAAUUGCAAACAAAAUGUUCUUACUUCACUUUUUUUUGCAUGGAACAGAUUCUAAUCAUGUGAACUACUUCCUACGCUACUCAGUCUUUGUCAUUUCUAAAUUACAUUCAUCCCAUUCACUUUCAUGUCAGUGGAAAAUAUAUGUAUAAUAAAGGGCUUGUGAGUAAAGGCUUUGUGGGGGAAAGAGGCCUUUCAUACUGUGUAAAAAAAAACUAUUCAUACCUUCAUAUUUGUUAUUACCAGGUCUAGACCAUAUGUCUGUUGGUUUCCCUUUUGUACAGGAUGUAUGGUUACUUAUUGAAAGGGGUGGUAAAAGCCAACUCAAAUUCUAGUUGUCCAAGAAAGGACAAGUAGUCUGAGAACAGACUUUGUUGCAAUCAACAGCAUUAAAAUGAUUUCCUAUUUUAAGAUUGGUUUAUUUGCCCAUUGCAGUUCUGUUUUGAAUAAUUACAUGUAAAGUAAUUGUAUGCAUUCCUGGAAUUGGAUUUGCAUUUCUAUAAUUUCUCUCCCUCUUUUGUCGAUCUGGUGGUCUCUACUGCAGCGAUGGAGAUUUCUGACUCGGCCAGUGACUGUGAGGAGAGGCCCAGUUCUAGCCCAAUGGAGACAGAGGAGAGGUCCUUCAUAGCAGGUUUGCACUGUUUCAUGAAGGACCGUGGCACACCCAUCGAGAGGAUACCACACCUGGGAUUUAAGCAGAUUAACCUGUGGAAAAUCUACAAAGCUGUCGAGAAGCUUAGCGGUUACGACUCUGUUACAUUGCGGCGGCUGUGGAAGAAUGUGUAUGAUGAGCUGGGCGGCAGCCCAGGCAGCACCAGCGCUGCUACCUGCACCCGCAGACACUAUGAGAGGCUUGUUUUACCCUUUGAGAGACAGUUGAGGGGGGAGGAGGACAAACCUCUGCCUCCAAGCAAACCGCGCAAACAGUAUAAGAGGAGUCCAGACGGCAAGGGGAGCAAGUCUGAGGGCAAGAGGAAGAGGCCCCAUCUGGAAAAGGAGACAGACUCUGAGGGCCAGGUACAUUCUACUCCAUUGUCUCCAUGGACUACUCCAUCUGAAAGCCUCCACCCAGACCAUCCUCCACCAAUCAGUGAGACUACCGUGUGUGACGACCUCUCUUCCUCAGCAUGCACCCUAUCCCGCCAAGCCCAGGGCCCUACCUCAUGCCCCUGGAAAGGAAGUCAGCUCCAGUCUGCUGCUGCAGAUAUCAUCUCUCCUCUGGAGAAGAAGAAGCGUAUGGCCCAGGCCAGCCUGAGCGAGUCCCAGGACUCCCAGAGCGCCAGACAGGGGGACUGUAAGGGCAGGCCCUCUGUGAUCCACUGCUCCCAGUCCCCAGGGCUGUUCCUUCCCAGCCGGACACGCACUACCUCUGAGGGCUCUCCUCUCCCUCCGUCCUCCUCCUCCUCCCGUAGCCCGUCCCCCUACUCCAUCUCUUCUGAGGACUGUCCAGCACUAACUGAAGACAGGCCCCCAGUACCAAAACCAGAAGUACCCCCUCAUUUUUCCAGCAACCCUAUAUCUGCACACAGUGGGGUCCACAAGCCUCAGACCUGCAGCUCUGAUGUCAAGGAAUAUGUUGGCUUCCCUGGAGGACAAAGAGAUUUCCCUCAGGUCAGCCCCCUACCAGUUGAAACGGUCUCUAUCAAAGGCCGAAGUAAAAACUCUGUAUGGAGCCCUGUCUGCAAUGGGAGUAACAGACAUCCAGCUCACCAAAUACCCCCACCAACGUCUUGCACAUAUACUGUUAGGUCUUGCUUGGUUCCAUCCACCUCCAGUUUCACCAAGGUUUAUCCCAAGUCUAUGGAGUAUUUGCGGCCUAUACCCUUUCAGCCAGGUUACACAUUCCAUCAGAACCCAAAUAGGCCCAUGUUGCAUGAUGACCGUCUGAUCUAUAAGAAGAAAUUACAGAUGGUCCCUCGACAUUAUCAGACGGAGAAGAAGCAGAAGUCCAGGACAAUGCUGCCCAAGCCACUUCCAACUCAACAGCCUGUGUUCCACCCUAAUGCCAGCAUCCCAGUGUCCUACCUCAUCCCAGCCUAUGACAGGACAAGGGGAGACUCUGGGCAGAAGCCACCUGUACACCCUCUCUUUAUACCUACCCACGUCAGACUGUCCCAGUCCCAGACCAGCCCUAUGUACCGCCAUGUCCCAACAGGAAACACACAUACUUCCUCUUAUGAGCCUGCUCUCUACUCCUAUCCCUUUCACAUUCCUAUGUGUAAUCCCCAUACUGGAUACAGCAUCACUGGUGUGCAUUAUCCUCACACCAGGCUUUGAUAGCCCCACUCUCAGACUCAAGGCCUAUUGACAAUGUGACAAGUCAAACAGAGAUAAUGACAGUACCUGCUUCGUUCUAGGCAUUUUCAAAACUUGCCUCGAACACUGCUGCAUUCUAUGUGAGUGAUCAACAGGGAAACAUUGUUGUGAUUGUUAUGCUGAGAUGUGCUCCCCUCCAUGGCAACUGACAGAAUUGCACUGAUAAAAAGGACUAUACUUUCUGUAUUUGUAACAAUAACUUUGAGGUUUACUGCGAUGCACAUGUGCUUUUACGGGAUGAUCAAUUCAUUUUACAUUGAUAUAAUAUAUGAAACAACACAGAUUUAUUUUUCUAUUUCUGAAUAAAAUCUAAAACUAUUCCUGUCUCAUCCUAGCCUGCAUUCUUUGGUAAGUAACCAUGGUCUUUUUUUCUACAAUAUUUUAAUGACAUUGGAGCCAAAUUAAACUUCAAAUUAACAUGCUCCAUGAUAAAUGUUUGAGAAAUGGGACAUAACACUUGAUCCAUGGAAAGUAAACUACUGUUCAUUAAAUUCAAUAUUUCAUAUAUGUCACUAGCACAGGGCAAUGCUUGAGCUGAAAUAAACAUCGUUUUGCAAAUAA